GGUACCUAUUAUCGGAACAGGUUCUGUACAAUCUGUGUGACUAGUUUGUAGAGUGAUUUUGUUGUGGCUUGGACGAAAAAAAAGUAAUACAUAUAGCGAUCGUGUUAAAUUAAUCUUAAUAUAAGUCAUAUUUUUAUAAAAAAUGCUCGCCCUGCGAGAGUAUGCGAGUAGCGAUGAUAAUAGCGACCCCGAAGACGAUUCCAGUGUUCUUGUCGCGGAUACUGAAGUUGAUGUUCCUAACCUUUCGACGGUUUCGACAGACGAAGAUGCACAUUUAAAGCCCUUACCAGGAGGCAAGUCUAUAUCUUCGCUCGCCUUACAAGUCAGACUCGCACCAGAAGUCAUUCCGACCGGUACAGAAUUGUGCGUGCGCCAUGUAGAUUCGACGUUGAAAGAAGUGAUGCAUAAUCCCAAAUUUGAAGAACUAUUUGCGCCUGACGUAGGACCGGACAAUCCAUUCAAAACACAGCAGCAACGAGCAACAAAGAAUAUGCUCUCUGGUUAUGUUGAAAGAGCACACAUUAGCGAAUUCCAAUUCGAAAAUCAACGUAGAACUUUUACUAGUUAUGGUUAUGCUCUGGACCCAACAGUGGAUGGUAGUGCCGAGGAAGGGAAAACACUAAUUGGUGCAACUGAGGCUGCUGAGGAAAGUGGAGCAAAGACAGUAUUUGAAACAACAGAGUUAAGGCCUGCUGAUAAGAGAAAACGAAAUAGAAAUAAUGAUCCUGCGGAUAUAGAAGGAUUUCUUGGUCCGUGGGGAGGAUAUGUGGAUGAACGCAGGGUAAUGAAGCCAUCGGAUGAAGAAGCUGCUGAACUUGAGGAAAUUCUAGCCAAAAGAAACAAGAGAGGCAAACAAACUGAAGACAAACCUCUUGAAGAAAAGACUGUACUGCAUAUUAAAGACAGUGUGGAUUAUCAAGGGCGUUCCUUCUUGCACGCACCUCAAGAUGUGGGGGUUAAUUUGCGAUCAGAAUCUCCACCCGAAAGGUGCUUCUUGCCAAAAUCUCAGAUUCACACAUGGGAGGGUCACACCAAGGGUAUCUCACAAAUUCGGUGGUUCCCCCGAACUGCUCAUUUACUUCUCUCGUGUAGUAUGGAUUGUAGAGUCAAGUUGUGGGAAGUAUACAAAGAUAGAAGGUGUGUGCGUACAUACUAUGGGCAUCGGCAGGCUGUUCGAGAUGUAAGUUUUGAUAAUGAUGGAAAACGAUUCUUAUCUGCUGGCUAUGAUCGCUAUGUCAAACUCUGGGACACUGAAACUGGUGCCUGCAUCAGUCGAUUCACUAGUAGGAAAAUUCCAUACUGUGCUAAAUUCAACCCUGACCCUGAUAAGCAGCAUCUGUUUGUAGCUGGUACAAGCGAUAAAAAAAUUAUAUGUUGGGAUAUCAGGUCCGGGGAGAUUACGCAGGAGUAUGACAGGCACUUGGGUGCUGUAAAUACGAUUACGUUCGUGGAUGAAAACAGAAGAUUCGUCACGACUUCAGAUGACAAAAGUCUCCGGGUAUGGGAAUGGGAUAUCCCUGUGGAUAUGAAGUACAUAGCCGAUCCAACGAUGCAUUCUAUGCCAGCUGUAACUCCUUCCCCUAAUCAGAAGUGGCUCGCCUGCCAGAGCAUGGACAAUAAAAUCGUCAUCUUCUCUGCUCUUAAUAGAUUCAAAAUGAACCGCAAGAAAACCUUCACUGGGCAUAUGGUUGCUGGAUAUGCUUGUGGACUCGAUUUUUCCCCUGACAUGAGCUACCUGGUAUCUGGUGAUGCGGAUGGCAAAUGUUAUGUAUGGGAUUGGAAAACAACAAAACUUUACAAAAAAUGGAAAGCUCACGAAGGAGUCUGCAUUUCCACUCUUUGGCACCCACACGAACCAUCUCGCCUUGCGACGGCUGGUUGGGAUGGCAAAAUUAAGUAUUGGGAUUAAACGUACUGCAUUGUGCGAAACUUUGUAUAUAAUUAUGUAACUAAAAAUUACUAUGUAAAUAAUUGAAGUAACUCCCUUCGUUUUGAUAUCUGUUACUCAGAUUACUUAUUCAGUUUUUUACAAAUAAAUACAUGUCUAUGUUGGGCAUGAGAUUUGACCGCA